UGUGCGGCUCUAGAUGGCAAUGUGAUGGUAAUGAGAGAAUAGAAAGGUGGCGAUCGUCUUGCUCGAGCAGGGCUCAGGCUAAGGGAACAUCGAGCAGAGAGGCACUUGCACCACUCGUCUCGUCAUCGCCAUCAACUGACCAUCCCAACCGCGACCUUGCUACAAUGCCCAAGGCCAAGCGCAAGGCUCAGUCAGAGGGAAGUGACGAGGGUAGCAGCGCCUCGAAGAAGGACACCGGUGACUCGCCCAAGUCGCCAAGGAAGUCGGGCGGCCAGCAGCCUGCGUCGAGCAAGGAUUGGACGGAGGCUCACUGGAAUAUGCUCAACAAAGCCAUCGAGCAGAUCGCGGUCGAUCACGUCGCCCAGAUCGUCGAGUCUCACCCGGACCUGGCCCCAUGGAAGCCCAAAGGACGCCUUCAGCCCAAAGUACGCCAGCUCAUGCGUACGGCAAAGGGAGCAGGCAAGGGCGGUCAUGACAGUAAGGAUGAUGAUGGAGGUGUGGGCCCGUCCACUCCACACAAGAAGGCCAAGCUCGAUCACGGCGAGGAGCAAGGCGCCAAUAUGGCUGAUGAUGGCGACAACGAGGAGGCUGGCCCGUCUACUCCUGCUACUAGCUCCAGCUCUAAGGCGAAGCGUAAGCAAAACUCAAGCAGCAAAGGCAAAGGGAAGCAGGCGGCGGCCAAGGAGGAAGCUGUUGAUGAUGAACAGGAGGCGGACGAAGGGGCUGAGGCAGCUGAGGAGGCUAAUGAGACGGAGCGUCAGAUGCACGGCAAAGAGCAGAGCGAGGCAGACGCUGAUGUCUGGGACGAGCUCACCGCCAUUGAUGAUCGCCUCGACGGGUGAUGACCAGCACCACGCACACAAGACAGCUACGAGGCAAGAUGCUGCCAUCGCCAUCCCACUAGGUGGCAUGCGCAGCUAUCCCUUCGGGCCCCACCAGAACAUCUCACCUGUCCUAUCGACCGUCGCGUCUCUCCAUCAAUCGUGCAGCCUCGCACACGCCAAUGUAGCCUUCACAACUCGC